AUGAGCGCACACGGAGGUUCUCGCAGUGGACAGGCCGCAUGGGGAGAUUCGCGUGAACAGUCUUCUCCGGGUCCAGCUCAGGAACAGCAUGUUCCCGUGCGCGGUUUCAACGCUGCUGAGGCGAAGAUGGCUCUCAAGAGAGCGACUGACAUUGUUCCUGCGAUACAGCUCCAGGAGGUAAACUAUCCCUUCCAAACUCCGGACGAUCGCAUUCGAGACGCGAACCGCGCAGCUAAUUCUACUCCAGAGCAAAAGCCCUUCUUCUACAGACCCGGCGGCAAAGAUGCCAACAACCGCGCUGGCGGACCCUGGGGCUCCAAACCCAACAACAUGGCCAACGGAAAGGAUUUCUUCCUCGAGCUGCGGAAGCAGGUGACUGCGCUCCGCCAGGGAGGCAAUGUCGCGGGUGGUUGA